UCCAGCGGAGGGCACUCAGUGUAUCACAAACUCAAGCAUUAGCACCAACAAGCUCUGAGCAUCAUCAGUCUCUGGAAAGCCUUCUGAAUUAGACAAGGGCUGCCUCUCAGCACAGCUACAAAACACUUUAAACCUGACCAGCUAAAUGGAUAAACCUAGCCUGCGUAGCUUUUAAACUGGGGUCUCAUACAGCACAGGAGGCCUACUUGCUUCAAGAACUGAAAAUCCAGAGGAUGAAUUGCUUUAUCUGGGAAUGGCAAAAGCCAGCACAAUAAGGAAUGCCAGGUAUUCUGAAGAUUUUCUUUUUUUCCUCUCUUUUUACAGAGAAGUUGGUUACCUCCGAGAUGGGCUGUAGCUCUUUUGCACAGAUUGCCAAUUACUGCUGAUGGGUCUCUGGUGAAUUACACAAUGGUCCUCAGAGCCUAGAGGCCCUCCCCCAUCCCUAUCCCCCCAACGGCUUCCUUUUCCCUGCCCCCGCCAACCAUCCCACCCUGUGCUGAUUUUUAUAUAUAUAUAUAUAUAUAUGUAUAUAUAUAUAUAUAUGUAUUUUUUUUUUUUUUUGCCUGUCCUCUCGGGGAAGUUUGUAUGGGGCUACUAGCUCACAUGCGGGAUCAGAAUGGUGUGAAUGACAGCCGCACUGUGUCAUGAAGGUGGUGGUGGUUUCCGCACAAGAGACCAAAUAAGAAGAAAGCUGAGAGAGGGGGGAAACGUUUUUGGAUGACAAAGGAUGGGUUUCCAUUUAAUUACGCAGCUGAAAGGCAUGAGUGUGGUGCUGGUGCUACUUCCUACACUGCUGCUUGUUAUGCUCACGGGUGCUCAGAGAGCUUGCCCAAAGAACUGCAGAUGUGAUGGCAAAAUUGUGUACUGUGAGUCUCAUGCUUUCGCAGAUAUCCCUGAGAACAUUUCUGGAGGGUCACAAGGCUUAUCAUUAAGGUUCAACAGCAUUCAAAAGCUCAAAUCCAAUCAGUUUGCCGGCCUUAACCAGCUUAUAUGGCUUUAUCUUGACCAUAAUUACAUUAGCUCAGUGGAUGAAGAUGCAUUUCAAGGGAUCCGUAGACUGAAAGAAUUAAUUCUAAGCUCCAACAAAAUUACUUAUCUGCACAAUAAAACAUUUCACCCAGUUCCCAAUCUCCGCAAUCUGGACCUCUCCUACAAUAAGCUUCAGACAUUGCAAUCUGAACAAUUUAAAGGCCUUCGGAAACUCAUCAUUUUGCACUUGAGAUCUAACUCACUAAAGACUGUGCCCAUAAGAGUUUUUCAAGACUGUCGGAAUCUUGAUUUUUUGGAUUUGGGUUACAAUCGUCUUCGAAGCUUGUCCCGAAAUGCAUUUGCUGGCCUCUUGAAGUUAAAGGAGCUCCACUUGGAGCACAACCAGUUUUCCAAGAUCAACUUUGCUCAUUUUCCACGUCUCUUCAACCUCCGCUCAAUUUACUUACAGUGGAACAGGAUUCGCUCCAUUAGCCAAGGUUUGACAUGGACUUGGAGUUCCUUACACAACUUGGAUUUAUCAGGGAAUGACAUCCAAGGAAUUGAGCCGGGCACAUUUAAAUGCCUCCCCAAUUUACAAAAAUUGAAUUUGGAUUCCAACAAGCUCACCAAUAUCUCACAGGAAACUGUCAAUGCGUGGAUAUCAUUAAUAUCCAUCACCUUGUCUGGAAAUAUGUGGGAAUGCAGUCGGAGCAUUUGUCCUUUAUUUUAUUGGCUUAAGAAUUUCAAAGGAAAUAAGGAAAGCACCAUGAUAUGUGCGGGACCUAAGCACAUCCAGGGUGAAAAGGUUAGUGAUGCAGUGGAAACAUACAAUAUCUGUUCUGAAGUCCAGGUGGUCAACACAGAAAGAUCACACCUAGUGCCCCAAACUCCCCAGAAACCUCUGAUUAUCCCUAGACCUACCAUCUUCAAACCUGACGUCACCCAAUCCACCUUUGAAACACCAAGCCCCUCCCCAGGGUUUCAGAUUCCUGGCACAGAGCAAGAGUAUGAGCAUGUUUCAUUUCACAAAAUUAUUGCCGGGAGUGUGGCUCUCUUUCUCUCAGUGGCCAUGAUCCUCUUGGUGAUCUAUGUGUCUUGGAAACGCUACCCAGCCAGCAUGAAACAACUCCAGCAACACUCUCUUAUGAAGAGGCGGCGGAAAAAGGCCAGAGAGUCUGAAAGACAAAUGAAUUCCCCUUUACAGGAGUAUUAUGUGGACUACAAGCCUACAAACUCUGAGACCAUGGAUAUAUCGGUUAAUGGAUCUGGGCCCUGCACAUAUACCAUCUCUGGCUCCAGGGAAUGUGAGAUGCCACACCACAUGAAGCCCUUGCCAUAUUACAGCUAUGACCAGCCUGUGAUCGGGUACUGCCAGGCCCACCAGCCACUCCAUGUCACCAAGGGCUAUGAGACAGUGUCUCCAGAGCAGGACGAAAGCCCCGGCCUGGAGCUGGGCCGAGACCACAGCUUCAUCGCCACCAUCGCCAGGUCGGCAGCACCGGCCAUCUACCUUGAGAGAAUUGCAAACUAACGCUGAAGCCAACUCCUCACUAGGGAGCUCCAUGGGGGGAGGGAGGGCCUUCAUCUUAAAGGAGAAUGGGUGUCCACAAUCGCGCAAUCGAGCAAGCUCAUCGUUCCUGUUAAAACAUUUAUGGCAUAGAGAAAAGAAAAAGAAAAAAAAAAACUGCUUGAAGAGGGCAGCGAAUGCACCUGCAGCAUUACCGGGAGGACUGCAGAACUUUCUUUGCUUUAAAACAUAAAACAAACAAAAAUACUCCCGGAUGUAAAUAGUAAGAGUGUCAAGUUCUUAUAAAAAUAGAUUUCACCCUAGCUACAUAUAGGUUUGUUUGUAUAUUUGAUUUUUCUACACUGCAUGGUUCCUGGGCUGGAGAACCACAGGGGAGCAAAUAAACAGGGGUGGGUGGGAAGCUAGGGAAACAACCGUUUUCCUCUUUAGGUGUGUGUAACUCUCACAGAUUUUAUUUAAAUUGCUUUCAUUUAUUUUUUCUUUAAAAAUGCUCUUUAUUCUAGUUUUGUUUAAUUUUUUUCUUUCCUGGUCAAGUUUCUAAUACAAAACAUGAGCAUUAAAGCUUAUGUUGUACCAAAAGAAAAUGUGCUUUACCACGGACCACAGAGAAAGUUGACCACAAAGUUUGACAAAACUACUGGAAAACCCAAUAAGUCUGGGUGAAUGACCCUUCAUGACAAAUGCCAUAUAUGGUACAUGAUAGAAGGAAUUUUGUUUUGUCCCAUUGGCAGCCCUCACUGUGUAGGAUGUCUGAGAGAGCCAUGAAGAUCUCCGAAUGAGAAGACCAGCAGAAUCAUUCUCAUGUGGACUAAGGCUAUAAGAGAGACAUGACCAUGGGCUCAAUGAAUGAAACUGCCAAGCUGACAAAUUUCUAAACACAAGAUAAUGUGUAACAUUGCUUUUUAAAUUAAUUAUCAAUUAGCUUUUGUGUAGUUUUUAUCAAUAAAAGAAAAAAUAUUGAAAAAUAAAUAUAUUAUUUUGUGGUUGGUAUACCACAGCCCAUCUAAUGCUGAGUGCUUUAUCUGUAUAUUGUGGAAUGCUUCUAGUCUGUAUCAGGGUAGUUCAAUAAGAAUCAGUUGGUAUCUAUCAAGUGUGUUCUGUGUGUUCCAUGGUCAGAUAGGAAGGCCCUGUGAAGUGUAGAAAAGGAAUAUGAGAUGUGGUUUAUGCCUGGUAUGGUUUGUCUGUGUCCUUACCCAAAUCUCAUCUUUAAUUGUAGUUCCCAUAAUCCCCACAUGUUGUGGGAGGGACCCAGUGGGAGGUAACUGAAUCAUGGGGGUGGUUACCUCUGUGCUGUUCUGGUGACAGUGAGUAAGUUCUCACAAGGUCUGAUGGUUUUAUAAGGGGCUUCCCCCUUAGCUCAGUUCUCAUACUUCUCCUUGCUCCAGCCAUGUGAAGAAGGAUGUGUUUGCUUCCCUUUCUGCCAUGAUUGUAAGUUUCCUGAGGCCUCCCCAGCCAUGCUGAACUGUGAGUCAAUUAAAAUUCUUUUCUUUAUAAAUUA